UGGUGGAUUUAGGAUUCGCAUUCAGAUCGAAUCAGAACAGUGAAUUCACUUUCCUUCUGCCUGCCGGAGCAACCGAGUGCUUCUUCCAAACAACCUUCAGGAACAGCAGCAUGGAAGUCGAGUACCAGGUCAUUGCAGGCUCAGGGCUGGAUGUGGGUUUCACUCUGAUCUCUCCCCGUGGCUACAGACUGAUCUCCGACUUCAGAAAAUCAGACGGUAUCCACACGGUGGAACCCACAGAGGAGGGCGACUACAGAAUUUGUUUCGACAACAGUUUCAGUCGUAUGUCAGAGAAGAUGGUGUAUGUGGAGGUGAUUGUGGAUGAAUCUGAUCAGGAUGAUGAUGAUGAUGAUGAAGGCUGGGCUGGUCUGGCUGAACCUGAAGACACACUGGAAUACAAACUGGAGGACAUCCGGGAAACAAUGGAUGCUGUACACAGAAACCUCGAGCGAAGCCGUCAGAUCCAGGCGAUGUUGCGAGCGCUGGAGGCUCGUGACCGUUACCUGCUGGAGGAUAAUCUAUGGCGCGUUUCAUUUUGGUCUGGUGUCAGUCUGCUGGUCAUGGUCAGCGUGGCCCUCACUCAGGUCUACACGUUACGCAGAUUGUUUAGUGACAAACACAGAGUCUGCACGUAGCGCAGAUGUAGAGAUGAACUUAAAAAAGACUUAACAAUCUCUUAUGUGUAAUUGUUACUUGACCUAGCAGUGAAAAUGACUGGUCAGGUUGUAGAUGGCACUGUAUUGAUGGCCAGGAGUUACGAUAUACUGCUGCUAAAGUAAAAAAAAAAAACAAUCAAAAUAUGUGGAGAACCUCAGGUAAACCAAAAUUGUCUGCAGCCUGUUAUUGGCAAAACAUUUCUUUAGUGAUAUCAAUCAAAAAUCUGCCUUUGAAGCUUGUGGAGUUGUAAAUGCAGAUGAACUUUUCGAGCUCUGCUGCUGUUUAAUAUCCUUGAAUAUACUUGAAAUGCAAGUGUUUUGUAGAUUGUGAAUGUAAAUUUUGCACAUAACCUGAUGACCUGACUUUUAAAAGUUAAAAGGUAAUUUAUCAUUCAGACUUGAAAUAAAAUUGCAAUAAAUUAUGACUAGCACAACUUGAAUGGA